AUGGAAAUUCGUCGAUGUCGCUCAGUUUCCCGGUCACGGGUCAGCGUGAGCUGCCUGCUUGCACUACUUAUCCUUGCCAAAAGCAGCCUCGUUAACGGGCAACAAGCUGACCAAUCAGAAAUCAUCUUGGAGCCCCAGCAACCAUCGCAAAAUGACACAUCCGAAGCCGCUCCGCCGCCAACACCUGAAAUUCCACCUGAAACUGCGCCAGAAUCGCAACCUGCGCCCACUCCUGAAACGCCAGGAGAAACCUUCAACGGGUCUACCUCCAAUAUAACGGGAAAUCCGCCGGAAAUCCCGAUACUGGACCAUCCAGUCGACAAGGUUAUCCCGUCGGCCGUAUCUGACGUGUACGUCAUCCGUCUCCGCGCCGCCCCACCAAUCGCGGGCUACACUGGCGGAAUCAACGGGAUUCCCGCCACGGCAGCGGAGGCUGUCAGAGACUCUGUGUCUGACGUCAUCAAUUCAGUGGCCGGCCGGAUUCGCAGGUGGCGUCGCCGAGCGAAUCGCCAAUCGUCGCGACUGAACCUGGGGUCGCCUGCUGUCGCACAGUUCAAGCAGUGGCUCGAUCGGCUGCAGGAUGGAGUUGCGAAUGACGUGCGCCUGCCGCGCGCGAAUGUACUGUACAAGUUCAAACACGUCAGCAAUGCCUUUGUGGCGCGUUUGUCGCCUAAGCAGCUGCAGCAGCUGAAGCGCCACCCAGCAGUUGCGGAAGUCAAAUCCAACUACCGAAUCAGCAAGCUCACCACCGACUCCGCAAACUUUCUAAACCUGCCCGGGACUCUCUGGACCGCCCGGGGCCGCGAGCGGGCAGGGGAAGGCGUGGUGGUGGGAAUAGUCGACACGGGUAUUUGGCCAGAACACCCUUCGUUUUCCUCGAAUGUUACCCCACCUGACCUGCCGUAUCCUAACCCUCCACCUACCUGGAAAGGCACCUGUCAAGUGACGUCUGAUUUCAAGUGCAACAGAAAGGUGAUUGGCGCGAGAUUUUUCAACGCCGGUUUCCGGUCGUGGUUCGGGCAGGAAGACUUGCGAGCUGAUUGGGCGUCGGCUCGGGAUGCGGACGGGCACGGCACCUGGUGUGCAUCAGCGGCUGCAGGCAACAGCAACGUGCCCAUUCUGUUACCUCCCCGCAAGACAACCAUUGGCAACGCAACCGGCAUGGCACCCCGGGCUUUCCUUGCAGCCUACAAGGUCUUCUGGGGGAACGCCAACGCAGGCGGGGUCACUGCCACGUAUGCUGACGUGGAGGCAGCAGUCAACGCGGCUGUCGCUGACGGGGUUGACGUCAUCUCGCUCUCUCUGGGCGGCGCAGACCCCAGUGCCACGUAUUUCAGCGAUCUGCCGUAUUUAUACGCGAAUCUGGCCGGCACAGUGGUGGUUUAUGCAGCGGGGAACUCCGGUCCGCCUCCUCUCACCUCCUCAAUGUAUCGCAGCAUCUCCAACUUCUCGCCGUUCUACCUCACUGUUGGCGCCAGGGUCGUGGUGAAGCUGUAUGGGUUUGGCUCGUGGAAUGUGGUGGUGCAGAGACUGGGAUUGGUGGAUGGGAUCUCGGUGCGAGCAGCAGGGAAGACUGAGACCGAGGCGGGUGUGGGGAAGGGCAGAUGUGCUUGA